AUGCUGUUUCGUCGCUGGUCCUCCACCGUACCCUUUUUGCCCACAGUGUACGCCCUGUCGACGUAUCCGGCGCGCUCUGCUAUCGCUGUCGUCAGGGUUACCGGCCCAGCUUCCUCGUUCGUCCACAAGUCGCUCACAUCAAAAUCGGUUCCUCAACCUCGAAAAGCUGCCUUGACCAAAUUGUACCAUCCCCGGUCAAAAGUUUUGAUUGACCAGGCCCUUGUACUGUACUUCAACUCCCCCCACUCCUAUACGGGCGAAGAUAUGCUCGAGUUGCAUCUCCACGGAGGAACAGCAGUGGUCAAGUGUAUUCUCGAAAGCAUCGAACAACUGCACACUCCUGAGCAACCAAUACGACCUGCCGAGCCAGGAGAAUUCUCAAGGAAAGCGUUCCAGAAUGGAAAAAUGGAUCUCACUCAGGUCGAAGGGAUUAAUGACCUGAUCCACGCAGAAACAGAAAGACAGAGAUUGUCCUCUCUCGCAUCAAUGAAGGGAGAGACCAAGCAAUUGUUCCAUUCGUGGCGACACAAGAUUCUGGAUAAUUAUGCUUUGAUAACCACAUUGAUCGAUUUUGGCGAGGAGCAUGACAUUGACGAAAUCGGUGAACUUUUUGACCGUGCGGAAUCGGAUAUAAAGCAGCUGGAAACAGAGGUCAGAACGUAUCUGGACAACGUCAAACGGUCCCAGAUCUUGCUGGACGGGUUCAAGAUCACUCUCACCGGGCCUCCAAAUGCAGGCAAAUCGUCGUUAUUGAACAUCAUAGCAAAUGAGGACCGUGCGAUCGUGAGCGAGAUCGAGGGAACAACACGGGACUCCAUCGAGGUCCCCCUGGACAUCAACGGAUACAAAGUCAUUAUUGGAGACACGGCUGGAAUCAGAGACACAGACAACAUCAUUGAGAAAGAGGGAAUCAAAAGAGCCAAGAUGAAAGUCUCGGAAGCAGAUUUGAACCUGGUUCUUCUUCCGUGCACCUCGUUGCAAUUGGAGCAGGAGAUGGAAAACUAUCUGGAGCAAUGUAAUAAGGACAAUCUGAUUGUCAUCUUCAACAAAAGUGAUCUGCUAAAUCAGCGGGAUAUUGGGAACUUGGUGAAUAAGUUCAAAACAGAUUUUGGCAUCAAGGAAACACAAUUAAUCAGCUGCCGCACAAAAGAGGGAAUUGAGCAACUGUUGAGCUGUAUUUCGCAGAAAUUGGAAACAUGGACUCAGGAAGACCCCAUAUACGUUUCGAAGCGGAUCCAAAACAUUAUAGAAAACGACCUGCUUUUCGGGUUCGACGAGUUCUAUUCUCAGGCACACAAGAACGACGUUGUUCUAGCGGCAGAGGCAUUGAAAAUAAGCAUGGAUGGUAUUGGAAAAAUCACGGGUGAAGCAAUUGGCGUCGAGGAGAUCUUGGGAUCCAUCUUUGCCAACUUCUGUAUAGGCAAAUAA